GUAACGUUCGUACUUGCAGGCCGAACAACACUCUCGGAGCAUUGUCCCACAGAGCACAUCGACGUCGAUUACGCUAUAGCCGAAUGUUCGCUGUAUCUGCAAAUCUGCCUUCCACAACACGUGCGAGAUGAUCGACCUUUACUACCCAUUCAGCUUGGCGACGUAGAUCCCGCUGGCUUCAAGCUCUACAUCGAGUGGCUCACCAACGGCUUCGUCAGUUGCUCAACUCAGAGAUCAAUGCGUCUCGACUCCUGCAUCGACCUCAUCUACGCGCACAUCGUCGGAUCAACAUUCUCGCAACCGCACUUCCAAGACUAUAUCAUCGAUACGCUAGCUUCCGUUCUCGAUCCAGCGCAAGCUUUCGAUCAAGGAGUUCUCGAGUUGCUGUUCUUGGAAAAGCACGCGUCAAGCGUGCUGAGGAAAUUCAUCACUGACAAGAUGUUUGGGCACGAUAGACGGAUGCUGGGCAUGAUGAGAAAUUCUGUGGAGGAUGCUGUGACCGCGCACAGUGCUGUCAAAGGCUGUGAAUAUCAUAUACAUCAAGACGGGGUGUGCUAUAAACAAGGAAAGGCUGACGAGGGUAAAGACAUUACUGGUGAUGCUAAGGUACUCGGAAAGAAGUGGGGUGUUGACGACGACCCGGAAUUGAAUGCGAUGGCUGCACAAUACUCGGGUGGAAAUAAUAAGACAUCCACUGUCACAACAGAAAAGAUGUCCCAUAGUCCUCCAAAAUCGACAAGGACUGUAAAUACCAAGCAUCGCAGCUUCAUGGAUAAGCAUCAAGAUCGAAACCAUACUCGCGCAACCCAGUCGAAAAGGCCAUCUUUGCAAAUAACACUCUCAUCAAAGCUGCACCAUCAAGCCCAUACAGCCUUGCCUUCACCACCCAUCUCUGAUGACUCUGCAACUCACCCUUCGUCAUCCGAAGAGGACAUCCCAUCGUCUCUCCGCCCCGGGUUUACACUGCACACUUACAUGCCAACAAAAGACUUGACUCUCGCACCUCUAACAACACCAGAGUCUACAAUCCAGAGUUCACGCAAUUCAUCUUCGCAGAAUGAACAACUCCACAACGCCGCGUCUUGCGUACCGUUGCUACCCAAUACCGAGACUCGAACCAUCAUCCCUCGGUCCACAAGUCCACACACCCCAAUACCGCCAGUCCAGCGACCCUACCAUAUAUCCGCCACCUCUCCCUCUCUUCCACACUUCCGCCCACUGAUAAAACGAAAACCUGCACCAUCGCGCGGAACAGACUGGCUAGAGCAACAGUACACGUUAUUUGCGCUACAAGGAACGCAGGGGUUUGGCUUGAGAAAA